CGCUCCACCAAUCAGCGUCGGCGUCGCCCCUCACAACCCCGCGCCGCUCCUGGGACACCUUCCCAGGCGAAUUUUAAGCCAUUUGUCCUCCUCUUGGCGUCUCAGCAUCUUUAUCACGCCCGAGUAUCAUUUGAUCUAGUGAGCCACCGCACAGGGAUCGCCAUCAUGGCCGAUACACAAACAACUGAUCUUCCAGAAUAUAGUUAUAGUGGAGGAUAUGCGAGUGGGGGUGGUGGCGGUAGUAGUGGUGGUGCAAGCAGCUAUGGAGGUUAUAGCAAUGCUUCAGGAGCUGCUCCUCCUCCAGCUUCUUCAUACACACAACCGCAGUAUGGUGGAUAUUCUGCACCACCGCCUCAGGGUUACUCACAGAGCCCGGCUCCUUAUGCAGCACCACCUUCUUAUGGUGCUCCCCCACCACAGGGUGGCCAUGGGAGCUCAUACAGUGGAUAUGGGAUGCAGCAGCAGACACAGCCGCCAGUUCAGCCUGCAGCAGGCAGUGGAGGAUACAGCAGUUAUGGUGGACAGUCACAAGGGUAUGAACAGAAUAGUAGCUACCAAUCUGGGAGCUAUGGUCAACCACCAGCCAGCACCUAUGGUGGACAACAAGCCAGUACCUAUGGUAGUCAGCCCAAUGCUAGCUACUCAGCCCUUCAGCCCCAAGGAAACUAUGGAGGCCCACCACCACAGGGAAACUAUGGGGGUCCUCCAUCAGGUGGAAAUUAUGGGGGACCCCAGGGUCCUAACUACGGUGCACCACCACCACCAUCAAAUGGAAAUUAUGGUGGCCAAGGUGGUGGAUUUAACAAAGAUGGCAGUGGGAGCUACGGGGGGAGCCGGUUUGAUGGCGAUAGCCGUGGUGGCGGCAGCGGCGGCGGUGAUCGUUUCCGUGGAGAUUCAUCAGAUUUGGUUAUGCAAGAGGAUACCAUAUUUGUCUCUGGAAUGCCUGCAACUGCAACAGAAGAUGAAAUUAAAGACCAUUUUGGAUCUAUUGGCAUAAUUAAAAUGGACAAGAGAACGCAGCGACCUAAGAUUUGGAUGUACAAGGACAAAGCUACAGGACGCAUGAAGGGAGAGUGCACAGUCACAUUUGAUGAUCCCUUUACUGCUAAAUCUGCCAUACAGUGGUUUGAUGGAAAAUUAUUCAUGGGACGCACUGUCAAGGUUCAAAUGGCAGAGAGACCAAAGAGCAGUUAUGAACGUGGACGAGGUGGUUUUGGUGGUGAAAGUGGAGACCGCGGUGGUGGUGGCGGUGGAGGUAGCAGGGGACGUGGCGGUGGAAGUGAUAGAGGCUUUGAUCGCAGAGGUGGGCCCCCAGGUCGUGGCGGUGGAGAUCGUGGCGGAGAUCGUGAUGGUCCUCCUAGCGGUGGUCGAGGACGUGCAGGUGAUUGGAGAUGUCCAGUACCAAGUUGUGGCAAUAACAACUUCGCCUGGCGUAAUAGCUGUAAUCGGUGUAAUGAACCAAAGCCUGCUGGAGUAGGUGGUGAUGAUGAUGGAGGUAGUGGUGGUGGAGGUGGAUUCAGAGGCGGAUUCCGUGGUCGUGGUGACCGUGGGGGAUUUAGAGGUCGUGGUGGUGACCGAGGAGGACGAGGUGGUUUCAGAGGUCGUGGAGGCUAUGGUGAUCGUGACGGAGACCGUGAUUCUGGUGGCCCUAUGAAGGGUGACCGUGGCCCAGGAAGGUCUCGACCUUACUAACUGUCCCCUUGAUUAAGUGCUUGAGGAUGACGUUUGCAGAGAUGCUCAUUAUCCUUCAAAACAUUUUUAUAGUAGUUAAAUAUAAUUUAAAGCCAAAUGCAGUGGUAACUAAUUUUGUGAAGACAAUUUUGAAGGACUUUUACUAUGUGAAUGAGGUUUGUAUCAGAUUUAAAGAGAGUACUAUAAAGGAACAAGUGAAGGUGUAGUUAUGCUGCAGUUUAGGUAUAGUACUUGAUUCAGACAUUGACGGGCAGCCGAAAUUGGUUACUUACCUUCCUGGGGAUUUGUUUUUUUUAUUAAUUUUUUCUCCCCUCCCCUCCCACCACCCCCAAUUUUUAUGACCAAGAUAUUUCUUUGUAUCAAUAAAAUUGAGACUGA